GUAUAUUGUUAAAUGGCAGGGUAUCAUCAAGGUAUUAUAUGUAAAUAAAGGUGAAGAUGAGCCUUUAGAAUUAUUAUGUAUGAAUCCAGAAUGCAUUUCUAUGAACAAAGUUUUGAAUUGUGUUUCAUGUAUCGAGGAAAAUCAUAUAGGACAUUAAGUGAUUCACUAUAAAAAGUUCAUUAAUCUACUGCAAAAAUAAGGGAAUAGUUUAUUAAAUGAGAUCGUAAUAUUUUCAUAUAUUGUCAUAGGAAUUUAGAUUUUAGGAAUCUACGGUGUAAAAUGAUUUAGUGUGCAAACUAAAAAACUUAAUUAAGCAAUUAACAGAAUUAUCAGACAUAGUAAAUGAUGCCAUUCAUAAAUAGAAGGAUAUGUUAGAAAGGAAAUUGUAGUAUUAUGAAUGUAAGUAGUUUUGUUGAAUUUGUUUAGAAUUUUCUUGUGUGCUGCCUACUUAAGAUACCUUUAAUAGAGCUAUUAAAUAGCAUGACUAAAAUUUGAUUUAGAAGUUGAUGAGUUAGUUUUUUUAGAAGGUUGAAUACAAUACAAAAAGAUAGGAGUUUUUGGUAAGAAAUAAUUAUAUUUUGGAUGCCGCAGAAGAAACUGAUGGGGAAAAUCUGUUAUUUAGAAAACUUAAGGAUGUAAUGAAUACCUUCAGGAGCGAUGUAGAAAUGAAUUAUUAAACCCAAGUUUCAUAAUAAAGUAAUAGCCACUUAUAAAAAAAACUUUCUUAAACUAAUAAUGAGUUUAAGCAAUCUCAUCAACAAUUACCAAGUUAUAAAAAGAUCACAGCUAUUGAAAAAUCUCCAGGAUCUCCAGAUGAUAGAAUUUCUGUUAGUCAAUCUUUGAGUCAAUUUUACUAUAAACCUAAUAAUAUGAAAAAACGAAUAGGAUAAUAGAUGUCUUUGGUAGAGACUUCAAAUACUUUUAGUACAACACAUUCAUUCCAUUCAGAAUGCUUUGGAUAGGGAUUGUAAGUAACAUCUAAAUAAGUAAAAUUAAUUUUAGAUUGUGAUAAAAGUAUUGCAUUCAUUAAGCCAUCCAUAUAUGGAAGUGGAUUAGCAAGAGAGUAAAGAGUAACCCUUGUUAUCAAAGUAUGUAGAAAUUCAAAUCAAAGAUAUCCUAUGGCAGUAGGAAUUUGUGAUCAAUAGAAAUUACAAGAAAAUAAUUUCGUUUUUACAGGAUCAGCAGAGCAUAUGCCAGGAUCAAAUAAUAAAGAUCAUGGAUGUUAUCUACUUAAUUCAAAUGGAUAUAUUAGAUCGAUGACAGGAUCAGACAUGAUCAGGAGUUCACCUAAUUUAAGAUUCUAUAGUAACUCUACUUUAGAAUUAACAUUCAAGCCAUUUCACAAAUAAUUAAUAAUAAACAGAGAUUAAUAAGUGCAGACUACUAUCCCUUUAGAAUUUUAUAAAGAUUAGAAACUUUUCUUUUGUGUAAGAUUAGCAGAUCUGCAUGAUUGUAUUGAAAUAUUAUGA